AUGUAUAGACAAUUUACUAGAUCAUCUAUUGCACGUCAAGCAUCAAGAUCUAUAAGAUCUUACUCAACCAAUGCAUCCAAUUCAUCAUCAAAAUUCAAUACUAAACUAGUUAUUGGAUCAAUUGUUCCUAUUGCUGUAGCAAUUGGAUAUUACUCAUUAAAUAAUUCAUCAAUUAAUAAUUCUUCACCAAUUAAAGUUGCUGCUGAUAUAAGAAAAGAUUUUAAAGUAGGUAAUGAAAUGGCAGAAGAUCAAAAUGAAUUAUUUGAAGAAGAACAAAAACGUUUACAAAAAGAACAAGAUAAAGAAGAAUUAAAUCAAAAAGAAGAUAUUAAAAAACAAACUACAAAAGAUGCAAAAGGAGCAGAAAGAAAAGAUAUUUCAACAGAUUCUGAUGUUAGACAAAGAGCAAGUGAUAAUAUAGAUCCUGAUAAAAUUACAAGACAUUCAAGAAGUGAUUCAAAACAAAAAGCUGACGAAUCUUCAAAAAAUGAUAAAACAUCGAAUUCUGAUAAUAAACCAGAUGAAAAUACAUCAUCUUCAAAACAUGAUUCUACUGAUAAAUCAUCAUCUUCAAAAGGUGACUCUAAUAAAAAUGGAGAUGAUGAAAAACAAGAAGCUGCUUAUAAUCCAGAAACUGGUGAAAUUAAUUGGGAUUGUCCAUGUUUAGGUGGUAUGGCUCAUGGCCCCUGUGGAGAAGAAUUUAAAGAUGCAUUUUCAUGUUUUGUAUUUUCAGAAACUGAACCAAAAGGUAUAGAUUGUAUAAAAAAAUUUGAAAAUAUGAGAUCAUGUUUUAAACAAAAUCCUGAUCAUUAUAAAGAAGAAUUAUAUGAUGAUGAUGAUAAAGAAUAUAAUACUGAAGUUGUUGAACAUAUUGUAUUAGAAGAAGCUGAUCCUGCUGUUCAACAAAUUGAAGAUGCUUUAGAUGAAGGUAAAUUAAAAAAUCCAGAAAAGAAAUAA